UCCUCUUGCAACGUUGACCCACCAUCGUGACAUUAGAAAUCAAGAUAUUGGUAUUGAAUUUAUCAAUCGAUUCAUAACUUUGUCACCACGAGUCAGAGCUCAUGACGGCAAAAUCGUCAUCUCACGUUCCGAAAUUCGGCAAUUGGGACACCGACGACGUACCGUACACCAUCUGCUUCGAGAACGCCGGCGAACUCCGAGCCGCUGGCGUAACCUUCGAUCCCAACGAUCCGGACACCUAUCCGCCGGAGGCGUUCCCCGCCGCGAACCACAGAUCUAAUCCCUCAGACCGCCGGCGGCAUCACGACCACCACCGGCGGCCUCGCGAGCAGCCUAAUCGCGACCGGCGAAGCUCCGGAUCGGAGAAAUUGAGCAGCGAGAGGAGCGGUUCGGAUUACUCGCUUCUGAAGGAGCCGGGGGGGAGGAGGAAGAAGAUCAAUAAUGGAGUGGACGGAAUCAGCCGGUUUCCUCCGACGGCGGCCGGCCAUGGCGGGAACCCUAACCCUAACCCUAGGGCUCGGCGGAAUGAGGGGGAAAUGGUGGCGUCGGUGCCGAAAUUUGGGAGCUGGGAUGCGAGGGAUCCGAAAUCGGGAGAUGGAUACACGGCGAUUUUCAAUAAAGUGAAGAUGGAGAAGAAAAUUGGAGGUUCGAAUAGUUCUCAGGCUGUGCCGCCAUUGACGAAUCAGACCAAGCAACAGCCCAUCCCUCAGAUAGUCCAUGGAUCCACUUCCUUUGUAUCCAAGGUAUGUUGUUGUUUGUGUCCAAAGUGAAGAAUAUGAUCAACUACUUCAACACUAAAGAGAGUGGAAGUGCUCUGCUGGUUUUCCAUAGUUUGGCUAUUUUCCACUUUUUUGUUUUGUUUUUCAAUUUAAAGAAUAUCUCUUUCUUGUAUUUUGAU